AUGUUCUAUGAAUUCGCCACUCGAGGACAGAUGGUCAGGUUAGUUCUUUUCUUCUUUUCCUAAUAAAAGCACAAAAAAGGCAAGCAGGUGAAGUAAUAUUAUCCGAACGGGUAACUUUAUUGCCUCCCACAUGUUUUUGUGAACGACACUUAUUGUUUGUCUGUUCAUUUACUGAACCUCGUCACACAAAUGAAUUCCGCCGUUUUCAGUCCUUAUUACUACAAUUGCACUGGAACCUCUCCUUUCACCGAGUCUAAGCCCAUUGUCGGAGCAAUCUACAUGAGCAUCGGAGUGAUCUCUCAGAUCAUCUACGUCCUGGCCCUCUACACAAUAUUCCGUUCACCCAGUCUCUUCACUCAUCCAUGCUACAAAAUCAUGUUCUUCCUCGGUAUUCCCGACGUUCUCUGUCUGAUCUUUUGCGCGGACCUCGCUGGAUUCUACUCGAUCUAUGGCCUUCAUCCGUGCUACGCAAUCAACUUCACAUUCGUGACUGGCUGCAUUUGCUUUGGUUUGUUCCGUACCCAGAACAUCAAUGGAUUCGUGUAUUCAGGCCUCUGGCACAUGAGCUGUAUGUACGUGCUUUUGCUGGCAUUCAACAGAGUCUGUGAACUCAUUGCUCCGUCCCAAUGUGCAUUUCUCUUCCGUUCCUCAUACUUCAAAUGCCUCCUUUUCCUGCCUGUUUUCUAUUUUAUCUACUUCACUUUCUUCACCAAACCAACCUUCUUUCAACCGUCCGUCUCCGCUUUCCUUCUGAAUCCAAUGAGCGAAGUGACAAAGAACUUUCCUGCCGAAUAUUAUACAGUGCAAGCAUACGUUUUCAACAACUUCUUCGUCAUGUUUUUCAUCGGAACCUGUUAUAUUAUAAUCUGUUCGUAUCUUAUAAUAGAAAGCUGGAAGAGCCAAAUAAAGCAGACGUCUGCUUUGGUGAAAAGAGUGAGUUGGGCUGGGAAGGACACGAGAACGGGCUUGCUUCCAGGUCACCUACCAAUGUCUGAUUGUGUGCACUUGCCACUUCAUCGGAUGCUUUCUCUACGUCUACAUCCAAUACUUCUCGAUGCCCGAUGUCCUCAACUAUGUCUGUCACUUUGCAUGGAUUGGCAACCACAGUGAGUUCACCGGAACCUUUGUGGACUGA